AUGAGAUACGUCCUCUUCUCGCUGAGCGCAUUCGCCUUCUACGCCAUCUUCUACUUCUCUUAUAUUAACGGCCUUGAUGCACUGGGCCACAAGGCCAUCGACUCCGGAAAGCUCCCGGGCGUGAAUGCACCCUUGCGCACUCACUAUACCGGCGUGGAACCAAUUGACCGGAUUUUGAGCUUGUUGACGGUGUUCUUCUAUCCUGCGCUGGAUGGACAGAGUCCAACUCUUCUGCUCCACAGCAUUGGCUUUUCCGGUACUUUUGGAGCUGCCUGGACCCUGGUCGUCCUGGAGUCGUGGCGCAAGGGGAAUGCGGGAACGAUCGCUGCUUUCCCUGCGAUCUUUGGCCUCGCAGCUCAGCUGUUUACCUUUGCGUUCGCGGCACCCCUGAUCUGCGGCCUACAGCUGGGAUGCUCUAUCACGGCGCGUCGCCCUCACGCGGACAACAUCCGCGUUCCUCGCGUAGUUCUUGCCGUGUUGCCUGCGAUCUUCGUAAUCGGAUUCAUGCUUCCCACUCACGCAAUGGUGUUGCCGACCCCUGACUUGAUCUCCGUGGACAUGAAGCAGAUUGCCAUUGCAAUUUGGCAGCCGUGGCCCGCCUAUGUUUCGAUUCUGACCACUGUGGCCUACUACGUCCUGUCGCCUUUCUUCGCGGACAACCAACGUUCUUCGAUGUCCAGUCUGCGCUGGGUGUAUGCAUUCGCAUUCGUGAAUGCUUCCCUCAGCCACCUUGUUUCUUGGAUCGUGUCCCUCGCCACCGUUGUGGUUCCUGCUCUGUUCGAAGACCGAUUCCUUGACUCUCUUCACCCGUCCAAGGUGUUCUCUGUCCCGUUGCCUUGGUCUGGAUUGAAGGUGGACUCGGUGGCUGAUGGUGUGCAUGUCUUCUUGCGCUGGGAUUAUAUGAUCGGAUCCGCCGGUGUCUUCAUCUGGGCCCUUACUCUGUACACUGUUGCCCACAAGCAGAUCCUCAACACCGUCUCCUGGCCAAGCCUUCUUGUCAAGGUUGGUCUCUUAGCUGCAUUGACUGGUCCGACUGGAGCAGCCGUCGAGCUUAUGUGGGAGCGUGACGAGCUGGUCUUCCGUGAGACCGAGGGCCCAAAGCAGAUCAGCAAGACCAAGAAGUCUACGUGA